GGUAGUCGUCAUGAAGGGGAUAGACACACACGUGGGCAACAACAAUCCAUCCCUCCUACCUCCUCCCUCUCCCUUUCCUCUCCCGGAGAUCAAAGAUGAUGUUCUCAAGGGUUGUCGCUCUCGCUUGCCUGGCGCUUGGCGCGGAUGCUUUCUUCAUGGGCACGCCGCUGCGGACAUCCGCAGGCGUGGGCUCUAGCCGAUCGGCCACGACGAUGAAGGUCCCGACAGACCACCCCGAGAUCGAGGUCGCAGAGGCAGCUGCCCUGAAGGCAACGAAGGAGUUCGGCGCCACCUCCCCCGAGGCACGUCUGGCGUGGGACACGUACGAGGAGGUGGCCGCCGCCGACAACACGAUCGCCACACGGGCCACCCUUGACGAGGACUGCGAUGUGACAAACGAGAAAGUGUGCGAGGAGUACCAGGAACAGAUGAAGGAGUUGGAGGAGAUUUUGGCUGCGGGUCCCGGGGCGAUGAACGUCAGCGUCGAGCAGCUCGUCAAGCAGAACAUGGUCCUCAUCGAGGAGAACAGCCGCCUGAAGGCCAGCCUCAGCACCUACAAGAAGUGAGGUUGUUGCGCGCGAGCGUGCUCAGGACCGUCUGGGCUCGUUUCGAGAGGGAGAGAAUAGACGCCAGCACGCAGUCCGUUUUCCCUCGCGGGCGAACUGACAGAAGAAGUGGGGAGGGUCGUGAUCGAUAUUUUCGCGUUGUGGUCUUGUUUUUUUUGUUGUUGACUUUUUCCCUCUCUUGGCCGUUGUUUUUUAGUUUUUCUCGGAAGAACAGCCGUGCUGCUGCACCGGUGCGUUGCAGCAAACGAAGUAAAUACUUUUGGGUAUUGCUUUCCUUGGCUAGGAAGAGCGUCCCGCGAUUAGGUUGGGAUACGGUGGCGUCGCAUGGGGACCAAGGGAAAUGAUUGGUCUCGGUUGUGGCGUGUUCCCGAUCGUUUGGGGAGGUUGGAAGCCAUAGAGGGAGGAGUGCAACGUUUGAACGCCACUGGCAGCAUUGCACCCGAGUGCUGCCCCUUUCACACGUCAGUGACCCCACAGGAACAGGGAAAAAUUCGCCUGUUUCGGAAAAUCGUGCUCGAGACUGAAUCGUGUCGAUGCCUUGUUUCUGUUUCCGUUCGAUUCCCUGGGGGGUUCGUGGUGUGCCACAGCAAUCUGUAGGCGUCUCGUGAGCUAACCAUAGAGUGAUCGGUCAUGUCUGUGUUAAGCUGGCUGUCUCUCCUCCAGUUCGUUCUGUCUGGAUUAGACAAGUAACAAGGUUGUGCUUGGGUGAACACAUUGUGAGAUUCCGAGGGCUGUAAUCGCAAUCUCUGUCUGCUACACGAUGCCAUAUGGGAGUUUGCGCAAACGACCCCUCUCAAUUGAUUUUUCUUCUUUUACCGCGUGUGCUCAAAGCUGCAACAUGGACGUAUGUCUUUCUACCACCCCUGGUUGUCGGUGUUGUUCUUGAAGUGCUCGCGCACAAGGCUGAACAUGGAGCCUUGCGGGAAUAUACGUCACGUUUGGAACGCCCCGUCGCUACGACGCGCGUCUUGCUCGUCUGCUACACGAU